UAUUCCUCGGGCACAAACGUUAUAGUAUCAAAUAUUAAAUGGCUGUGCCUUGUACAAGGUGACAAGUUGUGACAGCGUAGCACAACAACAACAGCCGACGCUAUUCUACCGCAUUUAUCUGGUCUACAUUGUGCAAUAGCUGUUUUAGAGUAUGACAGUUUGGUAGAAGGAAUCAGUAUAUUUUCAAGUUCAACAAUGGCAAAUAAGAAUACGCUACCUGACACUACCACAACGAACGUGACAGAUCCCACCGAGCCGGUCCGUGUAACUUUUGCAGAUGUAUCUGCAGCACCGUAUAGAAUUAGAGAAGGGGUACCUCAAACCCCUUGUGAGGUGGGUCAUUCUCCUGUUAAAUAUUGUAUAAAUAUUUUAUACACCUGACAGACAUACAGUUUAAAGUUAUAUAAUAAUCUGCAUAGUCAUUGAUAGAAUAAUUGCACAAUAAGUUUACAAUGCAAAGUUCUGUUUUAUAAGUUUUAAUACAACUGUUUUGAUAAAAACCGCUACAUUAAUCGCAUACAAUAUGUAGUGUAUGUAGCGGUUUUAUACCAAUAGCAAACAUUAGUUAACCUUUGAACUGAUUUUUUACAUCUGAAAUUCGAACGGUGUUUUAAAACGAAUAUUUUUCUAAUUUACAUUUUAUAUAUUUUUUUUGUUACUUUAUUUCAAAUUAGAAUAAUAUUUUGUAACUUUUGAUAAUUUUAUUAUUUUACAAAAAUACCUAUGUUUUAGCUUAUAAAAUUGUGGAUUUUUGCUGCUAGAAUUUAGGUUUAUUUCGAUAAAAUAAAUUUGAUAGGAAGCGUUUGCUCCAGUGCAAUUAUUUUUGUCGACGUGUAAACCAAAUUGACGUGUUGCAUAAUAAAACCAAAGUCCAAUUUUUAAAAUCAACUUUAUUUGACGUAAUCGAAUAGAGAGUUUACUUGACUUACUUAAAUUCUUUACUAGAAAUUUAAAAAUUUUUAGUAUAAAGAACAGUUUACAAAAUUAACAUAUCACUUGCAAUUAUGCAAAGAAUGUAAACAUUAAACAAAUGGUAAGGGGUAGGGUAGGGUAAGGGUUGAUAUGGGGUGUGUCACAUAGAAAACCUAAUUUUCCCUUAUCCAACCCUUUACCAAAUAAUCCAAAGCUUAACCCUAAGGCAGAGUUACAGUAACCUUAAAUCCUAACCCUAUCAAUCUCAAUAAUUUCAUGUAGAUAUAUGAUUUUAUCUUAUCUUAUUCAAAAUUUACCAUUUUUAUUGAAAUAUAUUUAACAGCUUUCCAAAAUGUCAGAAUCGCUUGGGAUGCAGGUGUACUUCAAAAAAGACUAUCUUUUACAUACAGGAAGGUCAGUGAGCCAUUAAAUGCACUCUCCAUGUCUUUCGUUAACCAAUGAAGCUGCAAUACAUCCUGAUGUCACCUCUACCCGACUGUUACUUUAAUUUGUCUAACGCCAACAAUUUUAUUUGUCAGGGGAGCAUAUUGGCAUUAAAAUUUAUUUCAAUUUGCAUUUUUUUAGUUUCAAGGAACGAGGAGCAAGAAACACACUCAUCAUGUUGUCGGAUGUAUGAAUAUGUUAUAGUAAUAGCUUAAUUAUCAAUGUCAGGAUUUGGGGUAUCUACACUUGAUAACUAAUUGACAUAAUUGUGCAUCCCUGUACCAGAAUCACAGGGCCACAGGUUCUAUUCCUGCCAGAUGGCCUAAAGUUGCAUUUUUCUGCAACUGCUCUGCAAAUGUAUAAAUAUUUACACUCGAAAUUUCCAACUACAAAACCUCUCUGAUAUGUGUAUCUCUCUAAUAUGGACAUCUCUCUAAUACACAAGCCUCUUUAAUACAGAUACCUCUCUAAUACAGAUACCUCUUUUCUUUAAUAUAGGUACCUCUUUAAUACAGAUACCUCUCUAAACAGAUACCUCUCUAAUACAGAUACCUCUUUAAUACACAAACCUCUUUAAUACAGAUGCCUCUCUAAUAUAGAUACCUCUUUAAUACACAAACCUCUUUAAUAUAGAUGCCUCUCUAAUAUAGAUACCUCGCUAAUAUAGAUACCUCUCUAAUAUACACACCUCUCUAAUACAAACACCUCUCUAAUACAGAUACCUCUCUAAUACAGAUACCUCUCUAAUACAGAUACCUCUUUAACACAAACACCUCUCUAAUACAGAUACCUCUCUAAUACAGAUACCUCUCUAAUACAGAUACCUCUCUAAUACAGAUACCUCUCUAAUACAGAUACCUCUCUAAUACAGAUACCUCUCUAAUACAGAUACCUCUCUAAUAGAGUGACUGCUUUCAUUGUUGUUAAUUUGAUGACCUGGAAGAUAAAGAAUGCGUUUCCUCGACGUUUCGAGCAAAGGCCCUUCAUCAGGACAGUUAAAUAGGCUGUUUAUUACAAGUAGAGUGAUUUACUGCAUGCUUGACAGAAUUUACUCAACGGAGGGGAUCAAACUAAACUAAAAAAUUUCCGACCAAAUUUGAAAAUUUCUGGUCAAAUUUCAUUUUGCUUGGAAGUUUUGCCGGACAAAUUUAAAAAUUAUUUCAGGCUCUGUACAGACACCUCUCUAAUAGUACAUACACCUCACUAAUACAGAUACCUCUCUAAUACAGACACUUCUCUAAUACAAACACUUUCUAAUACAAAUACUUCUCUAAUACAGACACCUCUCAGUAAUACAGACUGAUGCGGACACUUUGCUGUGUCCUUCACUGUAUUUCAAACCUUCUAUUUCAGGAGCAAAAGAAAAAAGGUGUGAUUGCAGCCUCGGCAGGCAACCACGCUUUAGCUCUGUCAUACCAUGGUCAACAACUUGGUAUUCCAGUUACCGUGGUAAUGCCAACAAAUGCACCAAUUAACAAAGUUGCUUCGUGUCGGAAGUAUGGAGCAAAUGUUCAUGUACAAGGUUCUGAUCUGAUUGAUGUAAGCGAUUGCUUUAAAUGAUUGAUAAUCUUAUUCACUGAUAAUUAUGAUCGAUAUACAUUGAUUCUAAUUUGAUUGGUUAUAAUAUUUAUGUAUAAGAUAUAUGGUCACAAAAUAGCUCAAAAGUUCAUUUAUCAGCUAAGUAGUGUUCAUUAGUAGAUUUAGAAAGUUACUAGAUUAAUUUGUUCGCUUAUGUUAUAACAAUACAUUCAUUCAUUAUAAUUUCAUUGUUAUAAUGGUAAUGAGUAACAUAUAUAGUUACUUGGUUAAUUAGUUGAUUGGAUAAUAAUUUGUUAUCUCCACUGUUAAUUAGUUUGUUAUGGAUUAAUUAGCUUUAAUCAGUUAAUAGGUUUAUUUCUUGAUUGACUGCUUACAUAGUUACUUUGGUAAAUGGUUGAUUAAACAAAUUACAGUGAUAAUAUUCUCUCUCUCUGUAGUCAAAAGACAUAGCGUUUAAAAUGUGCAAAGCAAAUGGAUUGCAAUAUAUUAAUGGGUAAGCCUAUCUUUUUACUCAUCAGGGGGAUAUAGUGCUAGCUGCCACUCAAUGGGUUAAAACACCGAGGCAAACAAAGUAAUGCUUGAAACUUGACAGAAAUAUGUCUGCCUAUCUUCAGGCCAUAUACACAUGGUUACUUUAAACAAAAUUAUUGUGGGCAAUAGCUGGAAAUGCACUUUCUGGGCUUGUAAUUUUCAAAAAAAUUUGGGGACAUGCCCCCAAACACCUCUAGGAAGGUUCAUCUCAAUACCAGGCUACCAGCCACCCCCACCCCCAGCUCAAAGUCAGUGAGAGUUGGCAGUCACUCCCAUCAACUCUCAUCGUCGUUUGAGCGGGGCUUUGGUACUCUCUAUGAGCGCGAAAGACUUGCUGGGAAUCGCUAAAAAAUUAAUUAAUUUUUAGCGAUUCCCAGCAGCCUUUCGCACUCGUAUUCGACUUUUCCGCUUUGCUCAGGGAAUCAGGGACAACCUUAAUUGAAAUAGCUAUAUACACCAUACCUUUAGACAAGGGUGGGUAGUAGCGAAGUAGUUGUAGUUCGCUACUGUAGCGAACUACAAUUUUCAAGUAGCCAGUAGUUUUUGACUACUUUUUUAAAACAGUAGUUGUGGUUGUAGCGAACUACAUUUUGCCUAAAAGUAGCCAAAUAGUCGACUACUUUUCAAACAGUGAAUCGCUAUUCGCUACUUUUUAAAAUUGUUAGCAACCGUUCAUAGAAUAGAAUGAUGAUAAGACACGGUUUGCUUAAAAGAUUAUUUUAUACAGUAAAGAUUAUUUUAGCGCAAUGAAAAGUGGCACUCCUGAACACUGUAGUGCUUAUAAAAAUGUUGCUUUGACCCUUUUUGUUUACUGUUGCUACUCAUAAGAACUCAUAAGUCGAUCCGUUAUAGGUUAUAUUACACCCUGAACUAGUGGAUGCUCCAAAUACCGUAAAACUAAAAAAUAUAGAGUAGCGAAAUAGCAAAAUAGUUCGCUACAUUUUUUAAGCAGUAGCUGUAGUCAGUAGCGAACUACCUUUGUUCAAAAGUAGCAGUAGUUGUAGCUGACUACAUAUUUUUGAAGUAGCUGUAGUUAUAGCGAACUACAAAAAUUUUGUAGUCAACCCACCCUUGCCUUUAGAUAUGACCAUCCCAAUAUUCUCGCGGGUGCAGGCACCAUGGGUCUCGAGAUCAUGGAACAAGUCAAGGAUGUCGAAGCUGUAAUAAUUCCAGUCGGAGGUGGUGGUUUGAUUGCUGGGGUCGCUGUAGCUGUAAAGACAUUGAGUCCUAGUACUCUAGUUAUUGUGAGUCCUAGCCUUGGAUUUUAUCAAAAAGAAAAUAUACCAUUAGAAAACGAUUAUAUUUAGUUUUACUGCAUGAAAAUUUGGUGCAUAAAGGACAAUUACUGAUCAUUCCUUUUUGGUUCAGUGUUACUACAGCAGAAAACAGGGCUAGAUUUAGAAAAAAACCUAAAUUAGCUAUGCACUUUGAAAAGAUUUCAAGGGAUAUGCAUUUUUCAAGGGCGUGGAGUCGGAGAGAUGUCCAAGUUUUACCGCGGCAAUGAAAGCUGGGAAACCUGUAAAGAUUGAUGUGAACCAGGCGAUGACUUUAGCUGAUGGUAAAUUUUACAGAACUAAGUUUAAUUGUUUUAGAUUAACUAGUUAAUAACGCUUGCCCAGGCAUAUAAGUGUUAAUAACAUUUCUGAAGUCAUUAACAGAACCAUCUGGUGCGAUUUGGCUGCUUCAUAGAGGUUAUAUAUCUCGUUUCAUUCAGGUCUAUGCGUUUCAAAAGUUGGCAACAAUGCAUUUCACACCGCUAAUCAAUUGAUAGAUAGAAUGAUUACUGUCAGGUAAGAUUCGAAACUUCGUGAAAGGAUAACUUGAACACCUGCUUGAACAGUUCUAAACUGUUCUCUCUAGAGGUCCAGUAAGGACCAUCCCUUCUGUGUCCAGUGCCACUACAGGAGGAAACCGAAAUACUAGCUUGCGGUGUUUGAAUAACCUGCAGUGUUUGAUAACUCCAUCAAUUCAUUAAAAUUGGCCAUUGUCACUGCGCAAAUGUGGGGCACAUUAAGUAGACAUAUUUUUGUACUGAUAUUUUGGUAUUCGUUUAUUUUUCUCAGUGAAGAGUACAUAGCUCUAGCUGUGUUGCGAUUGGUGGAAGAAGAGAAAGCGACAAUAGAAGGCGCGGGCUCGACAGGUCUAGCCGCCUGCCUUGCGGGUCUAGUACCCGAAUUGAAAGGCAAGAGGUACAGUUCUUAGUAUUCUACAAUAAGCUAUCUUUUCAGGUACUUCAGACACAAACCACGAUCGUGUGCAUGUACGGAAUGCAGCCAACAUUUUGUCUCACGUCAAUGCCGCCUUUUGUUUGCAAAAACCAUAGAAAUAUUUCUUAUACAUGCUUGUGUGAUGUUACUCUGAGUGUAUAUCCACACCGGGCAGGCUUGAAAAAUAUGCCUGGCCACGGUGGGAAUCGAACCUACGACCUUUGGAAUACUAGCCCAAUUAGAUUACAUUGAUAUCGAAGGAACUAGACUCAGUUCCGAAAUAUCGCAUACUCGAACCGACCUGACCGCGUAGCUCAGUUGGCAGAGCAUUGGGCUAGUAUUCCAAAGGUCGUAGGUUCGAUUCCCACCGUGGCCAGGCAUAUUUUUCAAGCCUGCCCGGUGUGGAUAUACAUUCAGAGUAACAUCACACAAGCGUCUUAUUCACCUGAGUACAUUACACCAACAAAGCAAAUAUCAUUUCUUAUACACUGUCAAGUUUUCCUUGGCGGCCGCACACACGAACAUAUUUUCUUUGACCAAAAGCUGACACGACUAGCUUUGGAACAAUGUUCCUUGGCAAAGAAAAAUGGUCAAAUUUUUGCUGUACACACAAGCAAAUAAAAGUCGUCAAGGACGCAACUUGUCACAAGGAAAAGUUGUUCCUCUGUACGGGACUAAGUACUAAGCUUGUAUAUAUUUUGUAGAGUUGUGAUAGCACUUUGCGGAGGGAAUAUUGACUCUACGGUACUAGGGAGGUGUUUAGAGCGAGGUCUGGCAGCGGACGGUCGUCUGGUUCGAUUUGUAGUGACAGUGAGUGACAGGCCUGGUGGUAUUGCGGAGUUGACAAGAUUGCUGGCUAAUAUUGGAGCGAGGUAAAUGUACCUUCACCACCGUCGCUAUUGGUCUGUUUCAGUGCGUUUGGAAUUAUUCAGUAUGGUUAAGUUAUAUAUGGUUUAAUAUGCAUAUACUGCUUUUUUUAGUGUGAAAGAUAUAUUUCAUGAACGUGCGUGGUUGACGUCCAGUAUAUUCAGUGUCCAGGUAUGGCUAUUCAAUGCUUUAUAUAUUUUUUUAGAAAUUCCUAAUUGAACAAACUUUUAAAUUUGUUGUCAUUAUAAAACAAUGGUUCCUGGUUUGUCCACCUUCGGGAAACAUGGCUAGGAAACAAUGUUCCCUGUUUGGUCUACCUUCGGGAAACAUGGCUAGGAAACAAUGUUUCCUGGUUUGCCCACCUUUGGGAAACAUGGCUAGGAAACAAUGUUUCCUGGUUUGUCCACCUUCGGGAAACAUGGCUACGAAACAAUGUUUCCUGGUUUGCCCACCUUCGGGAAACAUGGCUAGGAAACAAUGUUUCCUGGUUUGUCCACCUUCGGGAAACAUGGCUAGGGAACAAUGUUUCCUGGUUUGUCCACCUUUGGGAAACAUGGCUAGGAAACAUUGUUUCCACGUUCCCCCAGACUGAAUUUUCGCAUCCAUCCUGUUUUCUAUUCAGGUCAAAGUGGUGGCUGAAAUACGUGACCGUGACCAUGGCAACGAACUUAAGGAGGCUCUGACAUCAAGAUACGGCAAAGCGUUCUUAUGGGGCGCUCACUAUAACUGCCAAUCUAGCUAGGAUUUAAACAAUUUUGUAAAUGCUGUAGUGUAAUAAUUGUAUUGAGUUGUGAAAUUUUGGUACCGCACAAUAUUUAAUAGAAAGGCAAUAGAAAUGUAUGAAAUAUUAGACUAUUAAAUAAAAACAGAAUUGCCAAAAUGCAGAAAAGACAUGAACCUAAACGUUUGGUCUCGAAUAAAAGCAAAAAUAUCAAACUCGGUCUUAAACGAGCUCAUUUUAAUGUUAACUGAAAAUGGUUAUUAGACUAUUAAACAUGUCCAUAUUUAAAAGUGUUUAUACAGUGCGUAUUGGUGCGAAAAAGUGUUGUUUUGUUUAGCCUUUAUGGUGAAUUGUUAGUCUAUACAGUGCAGAUGGAUGGUUGCUAUAUAAGGAUGCAUGUUAUAUAGGCUGGUGGUUAAACAUUGUCAAUGUUUUUGUGAUCACAGAUUCACAGUAGGAAUUUUGCAUAGAUACAUUCUAAGUUUUGAAGGAUUUGUACGAGAUGUUUGAGGGAACUGUCUCGAUGUUAAACACGAAGUCAGUUCAGUCAAUCCUUCAAAAGGGUUAGAAUUUACCAGGCGUGUAGUCUCCGAGUGUCGUCUUAAGUCUGGUUUCCAUAUGGUGGUAACUGUGGCGAACGUGUUGUAACUCUCGUCAGAGUAGUGUUCGCGAUCAAAUGAAAACAUGAAGAAAAGUCUUGACGCGACACGCUGGCAACAGUUCACGACAGUUACAACAGUGUCGUCGAGAUAGACUCGAGUUCUAUCUCGACGACAGUUGCGACAGGCUAAAAACGUGUCGUGACUGUUAUGUUUUAAUGGAAACAGAAAAACGACAGCGUGGCAACAGUUUCGCAACAAUCAAGGGGAGGGGGGACUGUGUUUGUUUUUUUAAAACUGCCGCCAGCUGCUUGUACGAUCCCUGGGUACGAAAUUAACCAUUGUACGACAGUUACAAUCGUAUGGAAACAAGCAUAAAAAUCAUUCAAGUGUGACUAACCCCAAAUAUGAUUUUUGGUAUGUGUAAUAUUUGGGUCAUUCGAAAACGAAAUGUAAUGUAUCUUUGUAGUAAAAGACCUCAUCUUGAUCAACUUUUUCACUGUCAAAGUUUCCAGAUAUGACGUCAUAGGUGAAUUUUUGGUCCAAAAAACAAAGGAAAACUAAUUUGCAAUUCACCUAAUGACAUCAUAUCCGCAAACUUUGAUAGUGAAAGAGUUGAUCAAGAUUGGAUUUUGUAUUAUAAAGAUAUAUUACAUUUCUUCUUCGAAUCACCCGAAUAUUACACAUACCAAAAAUCAUAUUUGGGGUUAGUCGCACUUUCAUGACAAACACUUCACGACACGUUCACGACAGUUACAAUCAUAUAAGGGACCGGUCAGUAUUUAUGGCGGGGGGUGGUACCGAAGAGAAAAGUUUUUCAUGGCAAAACGUUUGCUGACCCAACCAUCAAAGUAAAAAAUUUGAUUACCCAACCUCAAAUAUCAGUUAGAAAAUAAAUACCCAUUCAGUUGUCACACAUGUCCUUUACCACUUCUGUGACAUGAGUUUGAUAACAGCUUGUGAAAUUUUCUGCAGUCUAAAGUUUCAUGUUGUCUGCACAUGUACUUUCUUUGGAGACACCAUUUGUC